AUGGACCCAAGUUCAGUCCCCGAUUUUGACGAUCUGCCCAAGGUUGAAGGGCAGCCUCAGGGAUGCGCUUGGGGCAUCUUUGACAAAGACGGCAAGAAAGAUGUAUUGGGCACCCUGAACUUUCUCACGCCCAAGAUUGUUGCCGAAGCUGCGGCGGAGGUCAAGGAUGGCGUCUCCAUCUCCCUCAACUGGCCGUUGAACGGCAUCAAAUUCCCGCUGCCGGGCCGCAAGCCUCCAGUUCAUCGCCCGCACCGCCUAAGAGACCUGGGGAUGGACUGCGAGGGCUGGGACGACGAGCUCGAGUUCAACACGCAAUUUAGCAGCCAGUGGGACAGUCUCUGCCACGUCACCACCGACGGCACCACCUACAACGGCCUCAAGCCGACGCCGGAAGGUCUGUCAGUCCAGUCGACCGCCGAGAAUAAUCUCCCGACCAUCGAGCACUGGCACUCGCGCGGAGCCCUCGCCGGCCGCGGCGUCCUGAUCGACUGGAAGCGGUACCACGAGGAGACGACGGGAACGCCGUACCACCCGCUAGAUGGGUACCGCAUCACGGUUGAGGAUAUUGAGAAGGUGGCCAAGCACCAGGGCGUCGAGUUCAAGCACGGCGACAUCCUCAUUAUCCGGACUGGGUACACCGAGAUGCUCGAGGCCCCGACGCCCGCAGACUUUGCCAAGUUCCAGGCCGGUACGCUGUCGGGUGUCCACGGGCAUGCGGAUACGGCACGCUGGGUGUGGAAUCACCGGUUUGCGGCUGUGGCUGGCGAUGCCCACGGUUUCGAGGCCAUCCCGGCGCUGAAACCUGAUGGGACACCGGGUGGUGUGUCAGACCUGGUCCUCCACCCCUGGUUCCUCAACCAGUUUGGCAUGUCCAUCGGCGAGCUGUGGGAUCUCAAGGCGUUGGGCGAAUACGCCAAAAAGACGGGGAGAUAUAGUUUCCUGUUGACUUCGGCGCCCCUGAACCACCCUGGCCUGGUGGCCUCGCCGCCCAACGCAAUCGCUUUGUUCUAA